CUGUUAUUGAUAUCAUUGUAUCUCAUGCUAGUCUAUUAGUAAAUAUAGUUAUUUAUUUAAUACCCAGAUUAUUGACGCAAUGCGGUUUAAACUGCAUUUUGUCUUUAUUUCUAUACAUUUAACUACCACAACAUGCGAAAUGACUGAAUAUUAUCCAUCACAAUCACUGCUUAAUACAAAGCUUAAGAAAUUAUUCAAAGAUAACUGGAACAUAACAGAAUAUGAUAAAUCAGUGAAUUUCUUUAAUAAUAAAGCAUACGGUAAAAUAGAGUGGAGACAUUUUGGUGAACAAGAAAAUGUGGUUAAAAAUAUAACAAAAAGAGCAAUAGAUCCAGUUUUUCAUGGACACCCGAAAACAAGGGAAGAAUUGUGGAACGAACAUUUUCUCAACAAAACAAAGACUUUUGAUCAGAAUCCUUCAUUAAUUACUUUAAUUCAUAAUAUUACUAUGACAUAUUUGAACGAUUGUAUACCAGUGAUUCUUUAUGACGACCAAAUUAAAUCUGGAGAUAAUUAUUUAUUUGAAGAUCUUCUUAUGGAUUUCCCUAUUUCCUAUGUUCAUGGAUAUAUCAAUCAGGAUAAUCGACUAAAAGAGCCAAGAUUAUUGUUUGGAACUGAAGAGUGUCUACAUUUCAUUGUAUUCCUGACUGAUAUUAUGAGAAGUGCAAAGGUUUUGGGUAAACAGUCAGUAUGUAAGGUAGUGAUUGUAGCGAGAUCUUCCCAAUGGGCUGUGCAAGAAUUCUUAUUCAGCCCACUUUCUAGAAAGUUUGUAAAUCUUCUUGUGAUUGGGCAAAGUUUUAAAGAUGAUGAUGAUGAAACUAUAGAAGCUCCAUACAUAUUGUAUACACAUAAGUUGUAUACUGAUGGUUUGGGUGCCAGUAAGCCGGUAGUUCUGACAUCCUGGUCUCAUGGGAAAUUUUCAAGACAUGUCAAUCUUUUCCCUAUGAAAAUGACUGAAGGGUACGCGGGUCACAGAUUUGUGGUUGCAGCUGCUCAUCAACCACCUUUUGUAUUUAGAAGGAUAAUAACAGACCUAGAUGGCGGAAAUCCACGAAUAAAGUGGGAUGGAAUAGAAAUAAGAUUGUUGAAACUACUAGCAGAAAAGAAUAACUUUUCGAUUGAAGUUAUUGAACCGCGUGAACCAAAUUUAGGGUCAAGCGAUGCAGUAUUAAAAGAUAUAGCCAAGGGUCGCGCAGAUAUAGGAAUAGCUGGAAUUUAUCUAACGAGCGAGAGAGCUAUACAAGUGGAUAUUUCUUUCAGUCAUUCGCAAGACUGUGCCGUUUUCGUUACGCUUAUGUCAACAGCAUUGCCACGAUAUCGAGCAAUUCUUGGACCCUUUCACUGGCACGUUUGGGUAGCUCUGACAUUUACUUACCUUAUUGGAAUCUUUCCCCUUGCAUUUUCUGACAAACAUACUCUGAAACAUUUGUUGCAUAACAGUGGUGAGGUAGAAAAUAUGUUUUGGUAUGUAUUCGGUACCUUUACAAACUGUUUUACGUUCGUUGGCAAGAAUUCUUGGAGCAAAACUACGAAGGUUACGACUAGACUCCUGAUUGGUUGGUACUGGAUAUUUACGAUUAUAAUAACAAGUUGUUAUACUGGUUCCAUAAUAGCUUUUGUUACAUUGCCUAUAUUUCCUGAAACUGUUGAUACGAUAGAUCAAUUGUUAUCAGGAUUUUAUCGUGUUGGGACGUUAGGCCGUGGUGGCUGGGAAAGAUGGUUUUUAAAUUCGUCUGAUACAAAAGCAAAAAAAUUGUUUAAAAAAUUAGAACUGGUGCCUAAUGUCGAAAGCGGCAUCAGAAAUAUAACCAAGGCAUUUUUCUGGCCGUACGCCUUUCUAGGAUCUCAAGCAGAGCUUCAGUAUAUUGUUCAAUCAAACUUUAGUAAAACAAGCUCAAAGAGAGCACUAUUACAUAUUGCGGAUGAAUGUUUUGUUCCCUUUGGAGUGUCCAUGGUGUUCCCAAACAACUCCCUUUAUUCAGCUAAAUUAAGCGAUGACAUGAGAAGAGUUUUUCAAAGUGGACUGAUGGAUAAAAUUGUUGAUGAAGUUCGAUGGGAUAUACAAAGAAGUAACACUGGGAAAUUUUUAGCGGUAAUCCCUGGAAAUUUUCACAUUACAUCUGCUGAAGAAAAGGGGUUAACUUUAGAAGACACCCAAGGAAUGUUUUUAUUGUUAGCAGCCGGUUUCCUUCUUGCUGCCGCAGCGUUAAUUUCAGAAUGGAUGGGAGGAAUCUCACAAAGAUGUCGGAGGAAGAAACCUCCGUCAGCCAAGUCUCAAGAACACUUGAUACCGUCUGAAAUUAGGGAAGUCAGUAACGUUGAUCCAAGAAAUUCAAGUGCCGAGUCACGUAAUACUUUGGAUGGAGAAAUAAUAAAUAUUACUGAAGAUGAUAUAAUGGUGCAUGAAAAUUUUAAUACUGAUGUUUUAGAAUCGAGGCGGUCGAGUUCCGUAGAUCUGGAUAAAGAGGUGCAAGAGAUAUUUGAAAAAGACAUGAUGAGACGAAACAUCAUAAGAGGAGAUACCAUUGAAUUUGAUGACGAUAGAGAACCAACUGCUUCUAAAGAAAAUUUUGGAGAUCGUAUCAAAUUAUAAGUAACUAAACUGAGCAUUAAAAGUUUUAGCACAGUUUUAGUAGAACGAAGUUCAAUUUUUUUAUCUUUGAUUUUUAUAUUAUCACUUGAUGUAUUUUUUAAAAAAUAUGUAUAAUUAUUUUUGCUGUAUCACACCCAAUGCUUAAUGCGUUAAUUUUAUGGAAUUGUGACUAAUUGUAUGGCGUUCACUGUAUAUGCAACACAUUUAUGAUUUUUUAAAUAAUAAUUAUAAUGUGUUUGGAUAGGAUUUGAGAAAUGUAGUGACGCUUGUCAACUCAGUUUUGAGUAAAUGUGAGUAUAAUAAAUCAAACGCAGCAAUGA